AUGCCCUCAACUAAAUGCAGUGUUCUUGGUUGUACUAGUAAAGAAAAAAAACAUGUAUUUCCAAACACUGACGGCGACUACAAGAUUUGGCUGGAGUGUUGUAACAACGAAAAACUUUUUAAAAUGGAUAAAUCUUUAGUUCGUAAACGGUAUGCUGUAUGUCACAUUCAUUUUGAUAAAAGCUGUGAGAGCCCAGGAACAAGCAAACUCAAAAAAUGUUCAUUGCCAACUUUGAACUUAUCAAAAAGUAACAACACUAUUAAGUAUUAA